AAGAUGGUGUUUCCACAUAUUAAUUAGUAUUUUUAUAUACAUAUUCAUAUCUCUCGAUCCUACCUUGAACAUCCAAAGUUCAAACAAAAAUUAAUAGAAACGUUUCUCCUCGUCUCUGCAAAAUCCACAUCUUGUUUUCUCCGCAGACAAACAUGGGCGAAGCCUCAAAGCUCCAUAUCUUCCUCUUCCCUUACAUGGCUCAUGGCCACAUGAUACCAACUCUUGACAUGGCCAAGCUCUUCUCCACCAAAGGAGCCAAAUCCACUAUUCUAACCACACCUCUCAACGCCAAGAUCCUCGAGAAACCCAUCAAAUCAUUCAACGAGGACAACCCUGGACUCGAAGACAUCACCAUCCACAUCCUCCAUUUCCCUUGCACAGAGCUAGGGUUGCCCCAAGGAUGCGAGAACACCGAUUUCUUCUUCUCUAAUCCUGACCUUAACACAGGUGACUUGAACCGCAAGUUUCUACUUUCAAUGGAAUAUUUCAAAGAGCAGUUAGAGCAGCUCCUUCAGACAGUGAGACCAGACUGUCUUGUCGCCAAUAUGUUCCUCCCUUGGGCAACUAAACUCGCUGAGAAGUUUGGUGUACCAAGACUUGUGUUCCACGGCACAGGCUACUUCUCUUUAUGUGCUUCUCAUUGCUUAAGGCUCCACAAGCCUUACAAGCAAGUAUCUUCAAGUUCUGAUCCUUUUGUGAUCCCUGAACUCCCUGGAGAGAUUGUGAUUACAGAGGAACAGAUCAUAGAGAAAGAAGAAGAGUCUGUGAUGGGGAAGUUUAUGAAGGAACUGAGAGACUCAGAGAGAAGCAGCUUUGGUGUGUUGGUGAACAGCUUCCACGAGCUUGAACCUGCUUACUCCGAUUUUUACAAGAGUUCUGUGGCCCAAAGGGCAUGGAGUAUCGGUCCGCUUUCUCUAGGGAACAGAGAGUUCAAGGAGAAAGCAGAGAGGGGCAAAAAGGAUAGCAUCGAUGAGCAUGAAUGUUUGAAAUGGCUUGAUUCCAAGAGACGUGAAUCAGUGAUUUACUUGUCAUUUGGAACCAUGUUGAGCUUCAACAACGAGCAGCUCGUUGAGAUUGCAGCUGGCUUGGAUAUGUCAGGACAUGAUUUUAUAUGGGUGGUUAACAAAAGUGGCAGCCAAGGUGAUAAGGAAGAGUGGUUACCUGAGGGGUUCGAAGAGAAGAUAAAAGGAAGAGGAUUGAUAAUCCGUGGCUGGGCGCCACAAGUUGUAAUACUAGACCAUCAAGCAGUUGGAGGAUUUUUGACACAUUGCGGAUGGAACUCGCUUCUAGAAGGUGUAGCAUCAGGGCUACCAAUGGUGACAUGGCCCAUUGGAGCAGAGCAGUUCUACAACGAGAAGUUGGUAACACAAGUGUUGAAAACAGGAGUGAGUGUAGGAGUAAAGAAGAUGAUGAAACCUGAUGGAGAUUUCAUUACCAAAGGGAAAGUGGAGAAAGCUGUAAGGGAAGUGAUGGCUGGAGAAGAGAUGAGGAAACGGGCUAAGCAGUUAGCGGAUAUGGCGAAAGAUGCGGUGAGAGAAGGUGGAUCUUCAGAUAUUGAAGUGAACAGGUUGAUGGAAGAGCUUAAGUUGGUUAGGUUGCAAAAAGAAGAGGAAAAAAGAAGUUGAUCUUUUUUUCUAAGUUAAAGAACCAAUGUUAUUGACAAACAAUAACGAUGUUGUUGGUUUGAGUUACUUUCUCGAAUCAGAACGACUUAAUAUGUUGUUCUACUGUACUGUACUCUACCGAUGUCACAUGUUUUACUUAGUUUGAAAGUACUCUCGACUCUUAUGUUAUGUGAAAAAUAAUAUUAGUAUCUGUGCAGUAAAAUUUAGAAUGAAUGACCUGGUUUGUAAUAUUCAGGGCCGAUCUUAUGCAUAGCGAUUGAUAAAACAUUCUGUAAUGACCCACCACUCCCACCAUCUCCACUUCUUUCUCCAACCCCACCACUUCCACCUUCUUCUCCACCAUCUCCACCUUCUUUCCCACCAUCUCCAUCUUCUUUAAAGCUUGAGAAAGAGAGAGAGAGAAAGAGAGAGAGGGAGAAAGAGAGAGAAGAAGGAGAAGAAGGGAGAAAGCUCACCUGAGCUCGCCACCGGAGCAACCGUACGCCGUGACCACGUUCAGCUUGCCACCACCGAUAAACACCCUAGACCACCAUCGUGUUCCUCUCGACGAGACGAAUCCGUAGCCACCGAAAACGCCUCAAUCGGAGCCCGGACGAAGCCGCACGCGCCUCCAGAAGUUUCGCCACUGCGCGCGCGUGAGGUACACGCGCCGCCGCCGGACCACCGUCCUCCGCCGCAGCUCCGCUGCCGGACCACCGUCCUCCGCCGCAGCUCCGCCGUCGCCGCCGGCCAUAUUUCCGAUUUGGAGUCCAUUUGAGCAUCUAGAGGUCAUAUAUACCACUUCUCUUCAUUGCUAAGGUGAGACCGACGAGCAGGAGUGAUUAUCGGACCGGUGCUAUUAGGCUUUUGGGCUUCUAUCGCUUUUACCGCUUUUAUCUUUAUCGGGUCUUUAGGCCUUUGGACUUUUAUCGUUUAUGUUAUUCCUAUUUCAGACUUUCGGUUUAUGUCGUAUUUUAUAUUUCGGAUGUUAUCGUUAUCGGGCCUUUUGGCGUUAUGCUAUCGUAUUGACUUUUAUAUUAUGGUGGAAAUUAUUAUUAUUAUUUGAGUUGUAUUAUUAUUUUA